AUGAAUUGCACAGAGUCAUCCACUGGUUUAACCUGUUCAAACUAUCCACCACUGCGGACGUUAACUCUAUGUAAAAGUCUUAGACAUUGGACAAAGUUGUGGAGGCAAAUUAGAGAUAAUAAAUCAAUUGUUGUCCAAACUUUAGAUUCAUAUGUUUGUUUACACAUUCCCCAAAAAGAUGAUCCAAGAACAAUUGUUGGUAUGUUUCUAACCACUAGAGGUUUCCAUAUCAAUAUUUUCUCGAUUUUUGAUAUGAAAUUUAACCCGCAUUUUUAA